AUGACCGAAGCUCUGAAGCUGGCCAAGCACAGGGAAGAGCAGUUUGCAGCCACACGACAAGCUCGCAGUGCGGCAGAGAUGGAGCUCCGCAAAGAGUGCGACAGUGCCAGGGAGCAGGCUGCAAAGCUGUGGGCAGAGUCGCAGAGACUUCAGAAGAUGCUCCAGGAAAGCCACAGCCACCUGGUCCAGCUUGAUGCUAGCCGUUCAGCGCGAACGGGCGUUUGA